GUGCAGGUGUAGUUAAUGAUCAUUUUUAGGCACCCACAAUCAGCUGAGACAGUACACAGACUUUUCUUCCCAUCGUUUUCACCAGGUUUGGAAUGGAUGGAGGAGUCUGUGAGAACGAAGUUUAAGAAGUGCUUUUCCCAGUUACACUGGUGGCGUGGAUUAUGGAAGAAACUUCUUUCACAUGAAACUGAAAACGAGAGUACCAAAUGGGUCGAAGCUUUGAGAGAAGCUGCAACUGCUGUUGAGCAAGAGAAGGAAGUCCUCCUGGAAAUGAUCCACAGUAUCCAAAACAGCCAGGACAUGAGGCAGAUCAGUGAUGGAGAAAGAGAAGAAUUAAAUCUGACCGCAAACCGUUUGAUGGGACGAACUCUCACGGUCGAAGUUUCAGUAGAAACAAUUAGAAAUCCCCAGCAGCAAGAAUCCCUCAAGCAUGCCACAAGGAUUAUUGAUGAGUUGGUCAAUAAGUUUCUGGAUGAUUUGGGAAAUGCCAAGACCCAUUUAAUGUCGCUCUACAGUGCAUGUUUGUCUGAGGUGCCACCUGGGCCAGUUGAUCAGAAAUUUCAAUCCAUAGUAAUCGGCUGUGCUCUUGAGGAUCAGAAGAAAAUUAAGAGAAGAUUAGAGACUCUGCUUAGAAAUAUCGAAAACUCUGACAAGGCCAUAAAGUUAUUAGAGCAUUCUAAAGGAGCUGGUUCCAAAACUCUGCAACAAAAUGCUGAAGGCAGAUUCAAUUAAUCUUCAAAUCUAAGAGCACUUACAGAUUAUGAUGUAAAAAUGACGAAACGCUAUUUUAAGUGAUAACUAGUUCUUUAUGUUAGGCGUAACCACUUAUUUGAUACUGACAGUUGUUUCAAAUGGAGAAUAUAUCCCACUGUCAUCAGUUUUGCAAAUUACAAUUAAAACUAGAAAUAUUUUAA